AUUGCCGAAGAAAGACAGAUUGAACAGAGAAAAACAGAGCAAAGAAGAAGGACAAGAAGUAGAGAGAGAGAGAGAGAGUGCAAUUGCGCUUCGUGGUUUGGCCAUUCUUAAGAAGAAUCGGAGAUGGCUUCGAGAGCUCCUGUUCCCCUGCCACCAAGAAAAGAUAAGCCGAAGAACGCACCAGCAGAAGGACGAAAACGCAGAGCGCUCAGAGUUAUUGACAAUCUUGUGAAAGACCCAGCCGUCGAAGGGAAGCCUCAAACUAAUAUCUCUCGCCCUGUUACAAGGAGUUAUUGCAAACAAUUACUGGCAAAUGUAGAAGCAGAUGAAAAGAAAGGCAAGGCCUUCACUUCAACCCUCACAGCUAGAAGCAAGGUUGCUUGUGAGGUUGCUAAUAAACCAAAGGAUCCAAUAGUGAACAUUGAUGCAGAGGAUGCUAAUGAUGAAUUGGCAGUAAUGGAGUAUGUUGAUGAUAUCUAUAAGUUCUACAAGCAGACAGAGGCCGAGAAUCAAAUUCUAGAUUACAUGGGUAAACAGACAGACAUGAAAGGAAAAAUGCGAUCCAUUCUUGUAGACUGGCUAAUUGCAGUUCAUAACAGACGUCAGCUCACACCAGAAAUUCUUUAUCUUACUAUAAAUAUUCUUGAUCGGUACCUUUCAAUGAAUUUGGUUUCAAGACAAGAGCUUCAGUUAGUUGGCAUUGCCUCGAUGCUCAUUGCCUGCAAGUAUGAGCAGCAUUGGGCUCCAGAGGUGAAGGACUUUGUUUACUGGUCAAAAAAGGCCUAUACCAGGGAACAAAUACUUGUUAUGGAAAAAUCAAUCUUAGGAAAGUUGGAGUGGUGCCUAACAGUUCCUACGCCAUACGUCUUCCUUGUUAGGUAUAUCAAGGCUUCUGUCACGCCCGACAAGGAGAUGGAGAACAUGGUGUUUUACCUCGCCGAACUUGGUCUGGUGAACCACAAUAUAAUACUCUACAACCCCUCGAUGAUUGCUGCUUCUGCAGUUUAUGCUGCUCGCUGUACCCUCAGCAAGAAACCCUCUUGGAGUGAAACACUAAAGCACUACACAGGCUACUCUGAAAAUCAUCUAAAGGUUUGUGCAAAGCUCUUGGCUAGACUUCACUCGACAGCUGCAGAAGAUAAACUGAAGGCUGUGUACCGGAAGUUCUCAAAUCCAGACCGGGGAACAGUAGCCCUUUUGCCACCAGAAAAAAGUCUCUUGGCUGCUGCUUCUUCAUCAUGAAGAUUCUUAUGAAGGAUUUUGAUGAUCUCUGUACAUCUUUUGGGUGGUGUUGGGUUUGAUGCCACUAUUAGAGAGUGGGUUGUGUAAUUAGGGAUCAUUCUUUUGAUAUCUUAUUAGCCUUUUGAGCCUUUUAGUUCAAUUUGAUGUCAUUCUAAAUUCAAUGAAGUUGAUAUUUCUACUAUUUUGAAUCUGAUGCAUGCAAUGCUGAUCCUAA